CUCACGCUCUCCCUCUCUCCCCCUCUCUCCCUCUCUGUGGCCCCUUUGCUCCACUUCUCGCGGAGGAGGCGCGCACACAGUUCCUCGUUAUCCUCCUUCGCCGCUCGACAGAAAAGGAAAAAAAAAGGGGGCUGGACCACAGAGAGAAAAAGAAUUGGGAGGGGGGUGAAAAGAAAAGGCAAAACCUUUUUUUAUUAAUUUUUUGACAGGAUGAACGACAGUUUCCUGAACAUGGCGUCGAUAGGCGACUUCGACCCGCUCAACGUGUCUAUUCCUGCGACCAAAGUUGAAAUCACAGUGUCCUGCAGAAACCUGCUGGACAGGGACACCUUCUCCAAAUCGGACCCAAUUUGUGUUCUCUACACACAAGGCAUGGGCAACAAGGAGUGGAGAGAGUUUGGGAGGACAGAGGUGAUUGACAACACACUAAACCCCGACUUUGUGCGGAAAUUCAUUUUGGACUACUUCUUUGAGGAACGACAGAACCUGCGGUUUGACUUGUACGAUGUUGACUCGAAGAGCGCCAACUUGUCAAAACACGAUUUCCUGGGCCAGGCCUACUGUACUCUCGGAGAGGUGGUUGGAUCAUUGGGCAGUCGCUCGGAAAAACCUCUUGGAGGCAUUCAAGGGAAGAAAUGCGGGACCGUCAUUGUGAAAGCUGAGGAGCUGAACAACUGCAGGGAAUCAGUGAUGAUGCAGUUCUGCGGGAACAAGUUGGACAAAAAGGAUUUCUUCGGCAAGUCCGACCCCUUCUUGGUCUUCUACAGGAGCAAUGAGGACGGCACGUUUACCAUCUGCCACAAGACGGAGGUUGUGAAGAAUACAUUGAACCCCGUAUGGCAGGCCUUUAAGAUCCCUGUUCGGGCUCUUUGCAAUGGUGACUACGACAGAACAAUCAAGGUUGAGGUGUACGACUGGGACAGAGAUGGCAGUCACGACUUUAUCGGAGAGUUCAGCACCAGCUACAGAGAGCUAUCCAGAGGGCAGAGCCAGUUCAACGUCUACGAGGUGAUAAAUCCAAAGAAGAAAGAGAGAAAGAAAAAAUACCUCAACUCUGGAACGGUAACGCUGCUGUCAUUCCUGUUGGACAUUGAAGUCACCUUCCUGGACUACAUCAAAGGAGGGACCCAGAUUAACUUCACUGUGGCCAUUGAUUUCACAGCUUCCAAUGGGAACCCAGCCCAGCCCACAUCACUCCACUACAUGAGUCCAUACCAGCUGAAUGCCUACGCAAUGGCCCUGAAGGCAGUCGGAGAAAUCAUCCAGGACUACGACAGCGAUAAGAUGUUUCCAGCACUGGGCUUCGGAGCCAAGCUGCCACCCGAUGGACGGGUCUCCCACGAGUUUGCCUUGAAUGGGAACCCUCAGAACCCGUACUGUACAGGCAUCGACGGCGUGAUGGAAGCCUACUACCAGAGUCUGAAGUCAGUCCAGCUCUACGGACCCACCAACUUCUCCCCCGUCAUCAACCACGUGGCCAGGUAUGCGUCUUCAGUGAAGGACGGCUCCCAGUACUUUGUGCUCCUCAUCAUCACGGAUGGCGUCAUCUCAGACAUGGCCCAGACCAAGGAGUCUAUUGUCAACGCCUCCGGUCUGCCAAUGUCAAUCAUCAUCGUGGGGGUGGGGCCCGCGGAAUUUGAUGCCAUGGUGGAUUUGGACGGCGAUGAAAUUAGAAUCUCAUCCAGAGGAAGAUAUGCUGAGAGGGACAUUGUCCAGUUUGUCCCAUUCAGGGACUACAUCGACCGGACGGGUAACCACAUCCUGAGCAUGGCCCGGCUUGCAAAAGACGUCUUGGCCGAGAUCCCGGACCAGUUCCUCUCCUACAUGAGGACCCGCGGGAUCAAGCCGUCGCCGGCGCCGCCUCCCUACACGCCCCCGCCCUACACGCCGCCAGGGCCGCGCCUGCAGACCCAGAUAUGAGGAGUGGGAGGGGGGUGGGGACGGGGAAAGGCUUCUGAGUCAGGGGUCAGCUGAACUUUUACGCGCAAAGUACUUCCAUUUCCAAAAAGCCGCUCUCCAUGC